GAGCACAUCGUCUGCGACGUUUGCUGAGCCGUUGGCGAUGAUGGUGACGCAGCGUUUCGGCCUCAUGGGUCUCAUCCUGGUGGUCUGGCUGGCCGCUGUGCAGCCUCUCAUGGCGGCCAAGCGCACCGAUGACCGAGGUAAGCACAGGGAGGACACACACACACCAAACGGACCAUAAAUCGUGGCAGAUCUGUCCAUGGAUCGUUGCAUCUGCUUUGUGUGCCGCAGGCGGGGAGGUGUGGACGGCCCAACGCGACGUAGAGGGCACCAAAGGCCUCGCCAACAACACUGGUGGGUGGGUGCGAAUCUGACGCACACAAUGCAUGGAUGACAUCUACGCGUUUGGUGCGUGAAUGUGUGUGCAGGUGAUUUGUCGUUGGUUCAGCUGCAGCUGGCCAGCGCUAAGGGCAUGAUGCACUCGCCAUUGCCCUGCACGAGUCCAACAUGGCCACAGGCGAGGCCGCCAUCGAGGCCAUCAACAGGAUAGAGCACAUCAUCGGCAACACACCUCGGUAUGUAGCUAGAAGCACUCUCCCACGCUUCCUGCUGGCCUGUGCGGUCAUCGAAUGACAGAGAGAACAGCUGGCCAGUGGACGCAUUCAUAGACACACACACGGGCGGGACAGACAAAUGCCCUGAAGACAAUUCCUUGUGCGCUUCUCUUGCCUGUUUGCCUGCAGGUCCAAAAUAGAAGAGCGUGCGACGGCGCGUAAGCAAGGGAGACGUGCAAUAGACGGAUGGAUGUCUGCCUUUGUCCAUGUCAGGGGGCAAUAAGUGCUACGUGAAAGCAGACUCGACACCCACCGCGAUUAAGUAUCAAGAGGGGAAAUUGGCGCCACACCCCAUUUAUAAGGGUGACUUCAUCACCCGGUGGUCGGGGCCCAUAACCACCGGCAAGUUUCCCGAGGAAGGCGUCAAGAAGUGCUCUCCCUCUGACCUUUACGACUGCUGUGUUUACGAAGUGGGUACGAGCAUGACGUCGGCAGCUUACGUGCCUAUUUAUUACUCAUACUUACCAAUUGCUGCGUGCAGACAAGUUCAAGCCGUGGGUGUUCGGCAGUCUCCACAUACUUACCAAGUCUGGCCACUCGAAAUUCGGCUACGAGGUAGGGAGUCGAGUGUCCUUGACAGCGAGCAAUGCCUUUCACACACAGCAAGCGGUCAUGUGCAGGUGACGGACGCCAACAACGUCAUCUUCGGCAAGAGGGGCUGGGACAUUAGCGGCAAAUACUGCGAGGUGGACUUGGAGGGGAAGAAGUUCAAGGUGUGGUACAAAUGUAACCACGGCACGGCUGGGCCUGCUAAACAGACACAUUGGAGUGUUGUGUGACUGGGUGCUCUGUGCGCGUGUGCGAGUGUCUGUCUGUCUGUCCGUCCGUCCGUCUGUCUGUCUGUGCCCGCCUGCAUAAGCAUACCCACACCCACAUUACACAGACACACAUCACGUCGAUCCAUCCCUCCAUCCUUGGCGGUACGUGUGUGUGUUGUGUGUUGUGUGUGUGUGUGUGUGUGAUAUGGUGUGGUGCCAUUGGUGUGCCGCUAUCUCCCUCUCUUUCUGUCUGUCUGUCUGUCUGUCUGCCCCUCGUGUGAAGACAGGACAGGCAGCACAGACAACACAGAUAGUCGUAGACGCAUCCACGGGAUGGCUCACACCACACAACUCAUCUCGGCAGUUUUUGAACCACCGACCACGUGGGUCAUGCAUAAGGGUAGGUAACAACACACACACACACACAGACGCCACACGGGGUGCUCGCCAUUGGUUGGCUUUUGAGAUGGAAUGGACGCGUGUGCUUUGGGCUUUUUUUUAUCGCCCGUCUGUCUGUCUGUGUGCCGUUUGCAUAUGCAUGAUGGACAGAUGCGGUGUGGAC